AUGGAGCAAAUAGGAAAAACAGGUGUAGCUGCCAUGCAUGCUGUUCUUUUAAAUGAAAAAAGCAUUCUUAUUAUUGACAAAGCUGAAGAAAAUGAAGCAAAACUCGAUUCGGGCGUCAGCGCUUUUUCAACCCUUUAUGAUAUCGAGAAAAACAACUACCAGACACUUGUGCUAGAGACCAACACAUUCUGCUCUGCAGGUGGAUUCUUGGCAAAUGGUACAUUUAUCAGCACAGGAGGAGCCGAGAGUCGGUCCAAAUGGAAUGCACAAAGAGGACACCAAUCGAUCCGUCAUUUUAUGGAUGGAGAAUGGCACGAAUAUGGUCAAAUGUUUGUCAAUCGCUGGUAUCCAACAGUUGAACAACUUCCAGAAGGUGACUUGAUCAUCAUUGGUGGAUCAAUACAAGGCACAAAAUGGAAUACAAAGGAAAAGAGUAGUCCAUCUUAUGAGUUUUGGCCACCAAGGACAACUGAACCGAUCACACUAGAUUUACUGUUACAUACAUUACCUUAUAACCUAUACCCCUUUGUAUUUCUAUUGCCAAAUGGACACUUGUUCAUUUUUGCAUCAACAAAAUCCAUUAUUUACGACUACAAUAACCAUAGAGUGAUCAAAGAAUUUCCAGAAAUGCCUGGUGUUCCUCGGUCAUAUCCGCUGACAGGAGGUGCCGUCAUGCUUCCUUUGGACCCUGAAAAGGAUUAUCAAGUAGAGAUUGUUAUCUGUGGAGGUGGUCCUCAUCCUCCUAGACGAGACAAGUUGGCUGAUAAUACCUGUGGUCGUAUCAAUCUUGAUGAUGAGCAUCCUAAAUGGGAAAUGGAUACUUUUGUUCACAGACGUAUCAUGCCAGAUGGUGUCAUUAUGGCGGAUGGUAACGUGUUAUGGGUCAAUGGCUGUCAGCGUGGUUAUGCAGGUUAUAAUAAUGCUAACCAUGACCCUACAUUUGAUCCAUUAAUUUAUCUGGCUGAUAAACCAAAAGGUCAUCGAUGGCAACAAGGGUUAGCCAACACAGAUAUUGCCAGAAUGUAUCACUCAGUCGCACUUCCAUUACCAGACGGAAGAGUAUGGAUCGCUGGCUCUAACAGUGUAGAUCCACCAGAUAUUCAUGCAGUCUAUCCAACCGAAUACCGUGUCGAAUAUUUCUCACCACCUUAUCUAUUUAAACCAAGACCUCGUAUAUCACAUGUACCUCGAGUUGUGGAGUAUGGUCAACACUUUGAUAUCCUCUUCCACUUUGAAGGGUCUGGCAGUGUGGAUCCUAAAAAGCUGAGAGUAGCUGUCAUGAGACCUGGCUUCAGCACUCACUCUAUGCAUAUGUCUCAGCGCUAUGUCUAUCUCGUUCAUGAGUUUAAAGGACAGUCUAUCAAAAUCACAGCUCCUCCUAACCCAAAUAUCUUUCCUCCUGGCGCUGGUUACUUGGUUGUUGUAUAUGACGGUGUGCCCAGUAAAGGAGUAGAGAUCUUUAUAGAAAAAUCCAAAAACGAUCUUCAAAUAUAG